AGUGGGACGCGGCCGCGGCAGGGAGGGCGCCGCAGGUGGCUCGGGCUGGGAGCCGGGUGCGCGGGCGGCCGCCAGGAGUGGAGGCGGGAGGCGGGCCCGCACUCACCCCGCUCUCCGCCUCGGCGCCGCGGGCUGAGAGGAAGCGAGCCGGGGCGGGCGACGGGCGCGCGGCACCCACUUGACGGCCGGCGGCGCCCGCUGCUCUCGGCAUGUUUCACGAGGCGAAGGUUUUCCUCCCUCCCGUGGGCUGAGGCGGCGGCGGCCAGAAGAAGCGACAUGCACCUGCCAGGCGCGGUUUAGAGGACGCGGCCCGGCGGCAAGACCCGGCCGCCAGCCGGGCGGCUUUCUUCGCCCGACCGCCGCCGCUUGCGGCCGCCGCCGCGGGGAGCCAGAGCGGCGGGGUGGGCGCCCCGUCAUGGCCGCCCGGAGCGCCCCGAGCUGCCACCUGCGGCUCGAGUGGGUGUACGGCUACCGGGGCCACCAGUGCCGCAACAACCUCUACUACACGGCGGCCAAGGAGAUCGUGUACUUCGUGGCGGGCGUCGGCGUGGUGUACAGCCCGCGGGAACACCGGCAAAAGUUUUACCGGGGCCACAGCGACGACAUCAUCAGCCUUGCAUUGCAUCCUGAACGAGUGCUGGUGGCAACAGGACAAGUUGGGAAAGAGCCUUAUAUCUGUGUUUGGGACUCGUACACUGUACAGACCGUAUCAGUUCUGAAGGACGUUCAUACCCAUGGUGUAGCUUGCCUAGCGUUUGACUUAGAUGGACAGCGCUUGGUUUCAGUUGGACUUGAUUCAAAAAAUGCAGUUUGUAUUUGGGAUUGGAAAAGGGGGAAAAUGUUGUCUAUGGCUCCUGGUCACACGGAUAGAAUAUUUGAUAUUUCUUGGGAUUUGUACCAGCCAAAUAGACUUGUCAGCUGUGGUGUAAAGCAUAUCAAGUUCUGGAGUUUCUGUGGAAAUGCUCUGACCCCAAAACGAGGGGUCUUUGGUAAGACUGGUGACCUUCAGACAAUAUUGUGCCUGGCCUGUGCAAGGGACGAAGUGACAUAUUCUGGUGCACUCAGUGGGGAUAUAUAUGUUUGGAAAGGAAUCAAUCUUAUACGAACCAUCCAGGGAGCCCAUACUGCAGGGAUUUUUAGCAUGAAUGCUUCAGAAGAAGGCUUUGCUACUGGUGGCAGAGAUGGCUGUGUUCGCCUUUGGGAUUUAACUUUUAAACCGAUUACUGUGAUUGAUCUCAGGGAAACAGACCAGGGAUACAAAGGUUUGUCUGUGAGGAGUGUGUGUUGGCGCAGUGACCACAUUCUAGUGGGAACACAGGACAGUGAAAUUUUUGAAAUCGUGGUGCAUGAAAGAAAUAAACCUUUCCUCAUUAUGCAAGGGCAUUGUGAAGGCGAACUUUGGGCACUUGCCAUCCAUCCGACUAAACCUUUGGCCGUGACCGGAAGUGAUGAUCGUUCAGUCAGGUUAUGGAGCCUAGUAGAUCACGCAUUAAUAGCAAGGUGUAACAUGGAGGAGCCUGUUCGCUGUGCCGCCGUGAACGGAGAUGGAAUCCAUCUUGCCCUUGGAAUGAAGGACGGCUCCUUCACUGUACUUAGAGUAAGAGAUAUGACAGAAGUUGUACAUAUUAAAGAUAGGAAGGAAGCGAUUCAUGAGUUGAAAUACUCACCGGAUGGAACUCACCUUGCUGUUGGGUGCAAUGAUGGCUCGGUGGACAUUUACGGAGUUGCUCAGCGUUAUAAAAAGGUUGGGGAGUGCGUGGGAUCACUUAGUUUCAUCACUCACCUGGACUGGUCCUCGGACAGCAGGUAUCUUCAGACAAAUGAUGGAGCUGGCAGAAGAAUCUUUUAUAGGAUGCCAGGAGGAAGAGAAGUGACAAAUAAAGAAGAAAUAAAAGGUGUUCACUGGGCUUCAUGGACAUGUGUUUCAGGCCUUGAAGUAAAUGGAAUUUGGCCCAAGUAUUCAGAUAUCAAUGAUAUAAAUUCAGUAGACGGAAACUAUAUUGGCCAAGUUUUAGUUACAGCUGAUGACUAUGGAAUUGUAAAAUUAUUUCGAUAUCCUUGUUUAAGAAAAGGGGCCAAAUUUAAAAAAUAUAUUGGCCAUUCGGCUCACGUAACUAAUGUCAGAUGGUCACAUGAUUAUCAGUGGGUUAUUUCUAUCGGUGGAGCAGAUCACUCUGUGUUCCAGUGGAAAUUCAUUCCUGAAAGAAAACUGAAAGAUGCUCUUCACAUAGCGCCCCAAGAAAGCCUGGUUGACUCUAAUAGUGAUGAAUCAGAUUCAGAUCUGUCCGAUGUCCCAGAACUGGAUUCUGAAAUUGAACAAGAGACCCAGCUUACUUACCGCCGGCAGGUUUACAAAGAAGAUCUACCUCAGCUUAAAGAACAAUACAAAGAGAAACAAAAAAAUGAUACUUCCAAAAGAAGGGAGCGGGCUCCAAAGAACAGUAUUCGGUUACACUUUGUUCAUGGUUACAGAGGUUAUGACUGUCGAAGUAAUCUGUUUUAUACUCAAAUCGGUGAAAUUGUGUACCACGUGGCAGCAGUGGGCGUCAUUUAUAAUCGACAGCAGAACACACAGCGCUUCUACCUGGGUCACGAUGAUGACAUCCUCUGCCUGGCUAUUCACCCUCUGAAAGACUAUGUGGCAACAGGCCAGGUAGGUAGGGACCCCUCGAUUCACAUAUGGGAUACAGAGACCAUUAAACCCUUGUCUGUAUUAAAGGGCUGCCACCAGUAUGGUGUCUGUGCUGUUGAUUUCUCAGCGGAUGGGAAACGUCUGGCUUCCGUUGGAAUAGACGACGGCCACACUGUCGUGCUGUGGGACUGGAAGAGAGGGGAGAAGCUCUCAGCAACAAGAGGAAGUAAAGAUAAGAUUUUUGUUGUAAAGAUGAACCCCUGCGUGCCUGAUAAAUUAAUUACAGCUGGAAUUAAACACAUGAAAUUUUGGCGUAGAGCAGGGGGAGGACUGAUCGGAAGGAAAGGCUCCAUAGGCACGCUGGGGAAAAACGACACCAUGAUGUGUGCUGUGUACGGCUGGACCGAAGAGAUGGCCUUUUCCGGAACGUCCACAGGAGACGUGUGCAUCUGGAGAGACAUCUUCCUCGUCAAAACAGUCAAAGCACACGAUGGGCCCGUGUUCAGUAUGCAUGCGUUGGAAAAAGGAUUUGUUACUGGAGGAAAAGAUGGUAUAGUAGCUCUUUGGGAUGACUCCUUUGAAAGAUGUCUCAAGACCUAUGCUAUAAAAAGAGCCUCUUUGGCCCCAGGAUCUAAAGGUCUUCUCUUAGAAGAUAACCCAUCCAUACGUGCCAUAUCAUUAGGACAUGGUCAUAUUUUAGUUGGCACAAAGAAUGGUGAAAUUUUAGAAGUGGAUAAAAGUGGUCCAGUAACACUUCUGGUCCAGGGACACAUGGAAGGAGAGGUGUGGGGUUUGGCCACGCAUCCUUAUCUGCCCAUCUGCGCUACUGUGAGUGAUGACAAAACCUUAAGAAUAUGGGACCUCUCUCCGAGUCAUUGUAUGUUGGCUGUCCGGAAACUGAAAAAGGGUGGACGGUGCUGCUGUUUCUCUCCUGAUGGGAAAGCUUUAGCUGUAGGUCUCAGCGAUGGAAGUUUCUUAAUGACAAAUGCAGAUACUCUUGAGGACCUUGUGUCUUUUCACCACAGAAGAGACAUUAUUUCAGAUAUUCGAUUCUCACCAGGUUCUGGAAAGUACCUCGCAGUCGCGUCCCACGAUGGCUUCACAGACAUCUACCACGUGGCAAGCAGCAAGCGCGUGGGCGUGUGCAAAGGGGCCGCAAGUCACAUCACCCACAUUGACUGGGACGCCAGAGGAAAGCUUUUACAAGUCAACACUGGUGCUAAAGAGCAGCUGUUCUUCGAGGCCCCCCGAGGGAAGAGGCAGGCCGUCCCCGGCGCGGAGGUAGAAAAAAUCAGUUGGGCAUCAUGGACAGGAGUGCUUGGUUUAUGCUGUGAGGGGGUUUGGCCAGUAAUUGGAGAAGUCACGGAUGUGACCGCCUGUUGCCUCACCAACGACAAAAUGGUUCUAGCCACUGGGGAUGAUUUGGGAUUUGUAAAGUUAUUUAGAUACCCUGCUAAAGGAAAAUGUGGGAAGUUUAAGAGGUAUGUGGCUCACAGCGCACACGUCACCAAUGUUCGCUGGACUUACGACGACAGCAUGUUGGUUACCGUAGGGGGUGCGGACAUGUCUUUAAUGGUUUGGACAAACGAAGCAGAGGGCUGUCGGGAGAAAGGGCCUUGUGACAGUGAAGAGUCCGAUGCAGAUUCUGAAGAAGAUGGGGGCUACGACAGUGACGUUACAAGGGAGAAUGAAGUCAGUUACACCAUCAGAGCCUUUUCAACAAACAUCCGUCCAAUGUUUGGAAUCAAGCCUCACUUGCAACAGAGAGAACCUUCAGUUGAUGAGAGGCCCCCGGUCAGCAGGGCGGCGCCGCGGCCAGAGAAGCUGCAGACAAACAACGUUGGCAAGAAAAAGAGGCCCAUCGAGGACCUUGUGUUGGAGCUUGUUUUUGGCUAUCGAGGCAGAGACUGUAGAAAUAAUGUCCACUAUUUAAAUGAUGGUGAUGAUAUAAUUUAUCAUACUGCAUCCAUUGGAAUUCUGCACAAUGUUGCUACAGGAGCUCAGAGUUUUUAUCAGGAACAUAAUGACGAUAUUCUGUGCCUCACUGUAAAUCAGCACCCCAAAUUUGUCAACAUAGUGGCAACUGGCCAAGUAGGCGACGCAGCAGACAUGUCAGCUACAGCUCCUUCUAUCCACAUCUGGGAUGCAGUCAACAAGCAGACCUUAUCUGUACUGAGAUGCUACCAUUCAAAGGGGGUGUGCUCAGUCAGCUUCAGUGCUACCGGCAAACUCCUGCUGUCUGUGGGACUAGACCCAGAACAUACUGUUACCAUCUGGAGAUGGCAGGAAGGUGCCAAAAUUGCCAGCAAAGCUGGUCACAACCAGCGUAUCUUUGUGGCAGAGUUCCGACCAGACUCAGAUUCCCAGUUUGUCUCUGUGGGGGUGAAACACGUGAAGUUCUGGACUCUGGCUGGGAGGGCUCUGCUGAGCAAGAAAGGGCUCCUGAGCACGCUGGAAGAUGCCCGGAUGCAGACCAUGCUCGCUGUCGCGUUCGGUGCAAGUAACUUGACGUUUACAGGUACCAUCAGCGGAGAUGUGUGUGUGUGGAAAGAGCACGUACUGUGUCGAGUCGUGGCCGGGGCGCACACCGGGCCCGUGUUCGCCAUGUACACCACCCUGCGAGACGGACUGAUCGUGACUGGGGGCAAGGAAAGGCCGUCUAAGGAAGGAGGAGCAGUGAAACUGUGGGACCAGGAGCUGAGGCGGUGCCGCGCCUUCCGGCUGGAGACGGGACGAGUCACGGACUGCGUCCGUUCUGUGUGCAGAGGCAAAGGCAAGAUACUAGUUGGGACAAAGAAUGCUGAAAUCAUUGAAGUUGGAGAGAAAAAUGCAGCGUGCAGUAUUUUAGUUCAUGGUCACGUGGAUGGACCCAUAUGGGGACUGGCGACACAUCCUUCCAGGGACUUUUUUCUCUCUGCUGCCGAAGAUGGGACAGUGAUCCUCUGGGAUAUUGCUGAUAAAAAGAUGUUAAACAAAGUGAAUUUGGGGCAUGCAGCUCGGACUGUGUGUUACAGCCCUGAAGGGGAUAUGGUGGCCAUUGGAAUGAAAAACGGAGAGUUUAUUAUUUUACUGGUGAGCUCUCUAAAAAUAUGGGGCAAGAAGAGAGACAGGCGAUGUGCAAUUCAUGACAUCAGGUUUAGUCCCGAUUCCCGGUUUCUGGCAGUGGGUUCUAGUGAGAACUCAGUGGAUUUUUAUGACCUGUCACUGGGCCCCACCCUGAGCCGAGUCGGCUACUGCAGGGACAUUCCGAGCUUCGUCAUCCAGAUGGACUUCUCUGCAGACAGUAGGUACCUCCAGGUCUCCACUGGUUGCUAUAAACGGCAUGUCUACGAAGUGCCUUCGGGAAGACACCUGGUGGACCCGGCUGCCAUUGACAGAAUCACCUGGGCUACGUGGACUAGUAUUCUAGGGAAUGAAGUCCUGGGGAUCUGGUCCAGACACGCCGAGAAAGCGGACGUCAACUGCGCGUGCGUGUCCCAUUCAGGAAUUAGCCUCGUCACGGGAGAUGACUUUGGCAUGGUUAAGUUAUUUGACUUCCCAUGUCCUGAAAAAUUUGCAAAGCACAAAAGGUUCUUGGGUCACUCACCCCAUGUGACAAAUAUUCGAUUUACCAGUGGUGAUCGACAUGUUAUUAGCGCCGGAGGUGAUGACUGCAGUUUGUUUGUGUGGAGAUGCGUGCACGUGCCUCACUAAGGACACGAACGCCGAGAUGCCGGGAAACAGCCUUGAGAAGCCAGGAUGGGGGGAGGGAGGAGUCCAGCGGUGCUCACUUGGAAUGCUGACAGGGAUUCACGCCAGAACCAUCUGAACAGAAGACUGACGUUUUCAGGAUAUUUAUUACAUGCACUGGCCGACCAUCUGUAAUCCAUCCACUGCCAGACAAUUACAUUUCAAGGAAGGACUGAAUAUGAAUACAUUACUCGAUAGUGAGAGCCAACCCCCGUUUGGGGGGAGAGUGCAGAUUUGGCAGACCUGCUAGGGAGGUUCAGGGUAUAUGUAGCACUCCUCAAAAAGAAAAACCAAAACCUUAAAAACCCAACUUGGAUAAUUUUCAUCAUCCUCUUAGCAAAACUCCUUUUAGAAUUUAUAUUUUAUUUUCAAGUGUCAAGGUUUAAUGAAAUAGUUUAUCCUGUGUUUCCAUAAGGAAAGAAACACACCAUCACCCUAAAGACGUUUUGAACAGCAAAUAAGGGUCUCCCCGGAGGACACACUGCCCCUCAGGCCUUACCGCAGCCCUCUGGGGAAGGGGCAGUUCUCUGGCAGUGUGGGGUUGCUACUUCUCAGUUUUGAGCUGUCAAGCUUUAUGUUCAGAAGUCAUCUCUGUAUUGGAAAAAUUAAAAUCAUUAUAGCCUCAUUAAUGAAAAAGUGGUAUGAUGAACAAUCAUUUCCAGUUGUGUACAGCUUUUUAAGGUUUUAGGUAGCAAUAGUAUUUAAUUGGGAGAGAAUACUGAGUAUUUAGAGAUGUAGUCUCAUAGAAACAUUUGUUUAACAUGUAAACUGAAGAGUUAAGUUCACAUUUACGGAGUUACACAAUUUAGUUAGUUCCUGACAUAAAAUUGUAUAGUUUAGUUAGAUGUGCGCCACCCCAUAAGUCAACUUCCGAAAGGAACAAAUACAAGUUCACUGGGAAGACCGGCCUGAUUUCUUUCUGGUAGAUGUAGGCCGAGCUCUUGGACCUUUAUUCCUACUCACUUAAAAUGCUGCCAAAGACCAGUAUUUGCCAUUCAGGAAUUUGCUGUUGAGGCUGUCUGUAGUCUCCUGAAGACUGGAAAUUAUGUAGACUGAUAUUUAAAAAUAUAUUUUUCUAAGUGUGAAGAAGUGUAAGAUGCUCUGUUGGUCCUAUGAAUAUUUAUUUUAAAGUGUUUGUAGCAUAACAGACCCCUUCAGUUUUCUACAUCCAACACCUUGUAAAUACUAAAAACAGAAAUGGCUAAAUUAUGUUGCAGGAAGCCUGACCAGUGACUGAACCUGGUCAGUUUAAAGAUUUGAAUAACUGAGUCUGAAGGACUGAUUUUUAAAGUGUUUAAGAAGCUUGAAACAUAAGAUCAUAUUCUUUCAUUAUUCACAUCACUAUAUUCUCCUAAAUAAAGCCAAAUUUUAGAAUAUAGUAAUGUUACAUUUCUUUUCAUGUGUGUUAUAAAGAGACAGUCAAUAAAUUAAAGGAAAAAAUCCCCCUGAAACACCCUGUCCCUCCAUCUUUGAGACUGCGGGCAGUCAACUUCAUUAGCUUUGGGGAAGAAAAGAGCUAGUUUAGUUAGCUGAAGAGAAAUUCCAUUCCUGUUACAGUGUAGGUACAAUCUCUCCUAACCUUAAGCAAGUGAACUACUUGGGAUAAAAUUGUUUCCACUGCUUUUAUUCCUCCAGGUAGCCACCUUCAUAAGCUAGCCUUAAUCAUUUGUCAGUUUCACCAGUAAAGGUCUCCGUGAACCUAAGGAGUCAUCGCACGACCACCUUGCUUUUCUGCCGCACAACAGGGAAAGUGAGUACCACACAGCUCUUUUCUGACCCAGAAGUUGGGGUGCAGUACCGCCCCGAGGCUCCCGAUUUUGGGGCCUGCACGGAGCCGAGGUGCACUGCACUCCAACGCCCUUGCUUCUCCGUGACCCUUUCUGGUGGUGGUUCAUUUUAGGCCAAGUUCCCCAACAGGUGUUUUAGAGUCAACUUUACCAACUGAAAAAAGAGAUUAAACUCUUAAACAUGUUUCCAGGCAAUGUCUAUUAAAUAGCAAGAAACAAUUUUAGCACGUUAUUCCCUUGUUUUCUAAUUUCUUUAUAGUGUAAUUAUGACAAUGCAGCUAUACACCAUGUACAAAUGAUACUAAAAGUCUUUUUAAAUUUCUGGAAAUACAAUUUUAAAAUGAGGUUCUCACGCAGAAAUGUAAAGCAUCUCUAGUAACUAACACUACAAGGAACAAAUGCCUUACAUUCGACGGAGCAGGUCUUAAGACGCAGUGGGACGGGCGUCUCACCCGAGUCUCACCUCACGACAACCCUCUGGGCUUUGUCCUUCCUCUAAGGGCACAGCCAGGUGCACCUUAUGGCACUGUGUCGUGACUGGCUGAACUUCCUCCCAAAGGAAAAGCAACGCCACAGAAAACCAGACUCCUGCGUGGAGGCUUUCAGACAUGGACUUGAACACACGUGGUUUAAUUCUGUCGGUUGUAUGUAUAUGACUGCAGAAGUCACUGAAUUUUGUUUUACAGUUUAAUUUGAUCCUCAGAAUGCUUGAGUCUUCAUUAUCCCUUUUGCAUUCAUCUUUUUUCUGAACUUCUAGCUUUACUUUUUUAAAAACUGUACAUCAGGUCUUUAAAAAUCAGUGAUCUGUUUAAUUCUGAAGUAUUUGACACUUCUUGCCUUAAAAAAUUUAAAAACCAUACACAUGGAACUCAACUUUUGGACUAAUGAAUUAAAAUAUAGUCCUAUUUUGCAAUUUAUCCAUCUGAUCUCUGUAAUUACAGUCAUUUAAAAUACACUAUUGAAAUCUAAUUUAUACAUCUAAAAAUUAUCUUUACUAACCAUAUUUUUCUGUGGAGUUAUUCUGAGAAUGUUGUUUUUCAGAAUGGGAGAAUAUAUGUAUCUAUAAUGGUGUGAGUUUCAAGUCUGUUCUCUGAUACCCAUCCUAUGUAUAUAUACUUGUAAAAAAAUUUGUAUAAUUUUGUGAUAAUGUAAUUCCCCAAAAUACUUAUUUUAAAAGCAUAUGGUGACAGUAAA